AUGGGCAAGUCUUAUGAACGUCUGCUUUUGUGUCAUUUCAGCGAAAAACAAAAGAAGCGUCUUUUCGACGCCCAACCUCCGUCGCGCUCCGUCUCGCCGGCCGGCCGAGGCGGGGACGGGGAUGGGGACGGCGACGGCGACGGCGACGCCUGUUCCGACGCGUCUCCGCGCUCCGCCAGUCCCGGGGCGCCGUCCAGCCUCGAGCCCGAGGGGCUGGCCGAGGGCCACAUCGGCACGCUGUUCGAUGACUCGGCGUCGACGAGGCUCGUUUCGGUGGUCGCUUCGCCGCUCGGCGAGAUCAUCAUCCCCACCACCGCCGACACGUUCGGAGCGCACUCCGGCGCCAGCUCGUUCGGCGGCAAUGCCGCCUCUUGCUCCACCUCCUCAUCGCCGCCCUCGCUCUCUCUUCUCCUCGCCUCGGAGCCGGCCAAUCUGCACAGCGCCAGCCGCCUUGCCAACGCUCAUUUCGUCACCGUGGCGACAGCAGAGUCUAGCAGUGCUGGCAAAUCGAUCGGCCAACAUGAGCCGCCGUGUGCAGACACCUUCUCAACGAACCUCGGCGAAAACGACUGGAUUCUGGAAGGCCGACUCAGAAAGACAACCGUCCUCGUCACGGCCGCCUCGGCUUCCGCCGCCAACGCUGCCGCCGCCGUGGCCAAUUCGCGUCAGGUUGCCAAGGCGAUAAUUGCACAAAAAUCGUCUUCCAACUCUACCACCCCUUUGGUGGAGGCGAAGACUCCCUCUUCUCCGGUAAGUUGCUGGCCAAUUCGUCUGACCAAUUGGUUGGUUUGUUUUGAUUUGAAUUGA